CCCUGAAGACAGGGGCCCCUUUUGAAUGACAGCGCUUGGGAAGGAAGACGAAUUUUUGUCUGAUUUCCCGCAGCCGCAGCGUCGAUGAGAAGCAGUCGAGGAACUCCAUUCUAACUGAAUGGAUUGGUAUGGGGAGAAGCGGACCUCAAACCACGGCUAAGCGGCAGCUUUGGGACUGUGUAACGUUGACGAUGGUUUUACUUUCACUGCUGUUUCGACCAGCACACUGCCAGCAGUGUCGAAUCCAGCGCUGUAAUGCGGAGUAUGUGGCUUCUACCUCACCAUCCAGUGGUCUGCAGGAGGACGUGGCUCUAGAUGUGGACUACUGUAUCGCCCUACGGGCCUAUGCCCUGUGCACCCGGCGGCAGGCACGCAGCUGUAGGGGUAACCUGGUCUACCACUCAGCUGUCUUUCGCAUUAAGGAGCUAUUCUCUCAGCAUAACUGUUCCAGCGAUGGGCCGACCUCUUCCGCCAAGGUACCCAGCACGUCUCGGCCGGCUGUGUCAGAGCUCUGCGACUACGAGAAUCGGGUCCUCGUGUCGGGCUCAGCUGGUCAGCAGAAGAAAUACGCCCACUGUGGAUUAUUUGGCGAUCCGCACCUACGGACAUUCAGAGAUGAGUUUCAGACCUGCAAGGUCGAGGGGGCUUGGCCCUUGAUCGAUAAUCGCUUUCUGUCUGUACAAGUGACCAAUGUGCCUGUUGUCCUAGGCUCCAGUGCCACAGCAACCAGUAAGAUCACAGUGAUCUUCAAGUCCUAUCAUGGCUGUACAGAUCAGAAAGUGUACCAGGCCACCACUGAAGAUCUGCCCCUGGCUUUUCAGGAUGGGACUCGCAGUGGUGGUGAAGGUGAUAGCCUGACCAUUGCAGAGCGAGGUGGCUCUGGAGUCGGUCGGCAGGUGAGGAUACAGGCCCAUUACAUCGGCACCUCCAUCAUCAUUCGGCGUGUGGGCAGCUACCUGACCUUUGCCAUCCGCAUGCCGGAAGACACCUUGGACUUUUCAGAAGACAGUGGUGGUCUACAGUUGUGCUUGCACGGCUGCCCGCGCAACGAGCUCAUCAAAGAGCACACCCUGGGCCAUCAGAGCCAGCAGCCUCACCUUCAAGGCACCAACACAGAGCUGGGUCCUUUGCGGCCUCCUCACCAGAUCUACACAGUGGAGCGAGCCACUGCCAAGUGUAGAGAGACUCUGCAGGUGGAGGAUGUGUACUUUCAGUCUUGUGUGUUUGACUUGCUAACCACAGGAGACCCUGAGUUCUCCAUGGCUGCCUAUGGUGCUCUGGAGGAUUUAAAGGCACUGCCACCCAGUAAACUGAAGCAAAACUCGCCAAGGCCUACUCAUCCUCAUAACCGAGGGGUGCCACAGACGCUGGCUGCUACUGCAACCAACAGCUCCUUGCUCUCACUCCUACUCCUCAUUCUGCUGCUUUUGUAAAAUAAAUAGAAAUAAAUAUGAAUGACUUAAAAAAAAAAAAAAAA